AUGGAUGAUCAGACUUUAAAACAACUUGCUUUACAAAAAGAAAAGGAAUGGUUAGGUGUUAUGCAAGAACGACUCGUCGCAUUAGAAGCAACAGUUGAACAUAAAGAUCAACAAAUCGGCGAAUUGAAUCAGAAGUAUACUCGUCUAUCAGAAGACUUCAAAUAUAAUCUAAAACUCAUCGAUGAUCGUGAUAAAGAACUAGCGACAUUUGAUAAUCGUUUCAAAGAAUUGAAAAAAGUUUUAAAUGAGAAGAACAGCGAAAUCUCCGAAUUGAAAAUCGUCAAUGAUCAACUGUAUCAAUUGAAGAAACAAAUCGAAGCACAAAUUGAUGAAGAGAAGAAGCAUUUUCUUCAUCGUUUAUCAAUCAAAGAAAAAGAUUUAGGAAGCUACAAGCAACAAUGCGAUCAAAUUCUGCAAACUGAACGCGAACAAUUGGAACAAGAACGUCGAGCAAUCAACCGUCGAUUAACUGAGUUGGAAAACGAACUGGAACGACAACGAAGAGAAUUGACGAAUGAAUUCGAAACUCAGACAAAAAAAUUUGAAUUCGAUUGGAAAAGAAAAUACGAUGAUGUGAACAACUUGCAAUUAGCCAGUGAACUCAAAAGUAAAUUGUUAUUGGAAGAGAUAGAACAACACUUGCAAACAAUUCGUCAGUUGGAAUUGAAUAAAACUGAAUCGAUGGAACGAAUCAAAACAUUGGAGAAGUUAGUCAAGGAACAAGAAUGGCAAUUGCACGAACAGGAAGCAGUGAAAAAUGCCAGAAUAAAAGAACUGGAAUCGAAAUGUAACAAUGUCGAUGGAAGACUUCAGGAACGAGAAGACGAUUACAGUCGAAAAUACAGUGAGCUCGAUCGAUUAUUACGGGAAAAAGAAGUGAAGCUCGAGCAAUUCAAGGAAAGUUAUCAAGAACUCGAAGGUAAAUGGGAAAGUUUGAAUGAACAAUGUUUUCAAUUACGACAACAAUUGAAUGAAAAACAACGUGAACAUGAACAUCUCAUUCGAGACAAAGAUACUGAACUGUCAAAUUUACAAGAUGAAAUCAACCGGAUUAAAAAACAAUGGAACCAUCAAUUAACGCAAAUUAGUAAAGAACAUGCCAAUGAGAAUAUCGAACAUCGUGCUUUGCAGGAAGAAUGUGAUACGUUGAAAGGCGAAUUGAAAAUUAAAGAUAAUCACAUCAAUCGGUAUAAAAAAGAAUUAGAAGAUGCGUUAGAUCGAGAAAGAGCAUUGGAAGAAGCGAAGGUCCAAUUAGAUUUUGAUUGGCAAAAGAAAUUCGAACAAAAUCAAAGACAAGAAUAUCAUAAAUCAGAAGAUUUGAUCGAAAAAAUCUCCAGCGCGCACGAACAGUCAAUUGCUCAAGUGAAAAAACUCGAAAACGAUCUCAAGUUCAAAGACGAUCUGCUCAAAGCAUACAGCAACCAAUACAAAUCAAAUGGCGGUGAUGGCGAUGCUUUAGUUGUCCUACAACGUGAAAACGAAAAUCUUCGAUCAGUUAUCACCCAAAUGCGACAACAAAUGGAAGCAUUGAUGAACGAUUUACCGGGCCAGACGACGUCAGGACAACCGAGUUUAGUGACUGAAUUGCAAACGGAAAACCAAACAUUACGUCAACAAAAUCGAGAUUUGAUCACCCGACUGGACUCCCGACAUUCAAAUGUCGAUGUUGAUCAUACAGUUGUCAAUAACGAAUUGAAGAAGAAUCCACAAUUGAACAGUUACGUUCAAUCGUUGAACAAUACUGUUGCGGCACUUCGCACGGAAAAGAUGCAAUUGGUGUCUCAAGUGAGAAAACUAGAGGGUCGAUUGAUUCAAAUCGAGAAAAACCACGAUAAUUUUCAACGCGAGUUACGAUCGAGACAAUCCCGGAUCGAUCAAUUAACAUAUCAACUAAAUACCGAUGAACGUCGGCAUCAAACAGAACUGACGAGUAUCAAACAAAAAAUGAGCGAUCUCGAAGUACAUUUAUUAGAAACAAGACGCGAAGCAGACGAAUAUCAGAAAUCGAUCAUCGAAAGAAACGCUGAUGUUGCUGAAUUAGAACGAAAAUUAAGUGAAGCUAAACUAGAAUUAGCUGGUCGUACUCCACUUUUCAAUUACGGUGGUCAGGAAAUUCUCAUUCAACAACUUCAAGAUGAAAUUGAGCGAUUGACAAAAAAAUAUGCUGAUGUUCGACCGAAAUUAACUAAUGACGAUAAUGGGAUUGAUGUGUCACAAGUUCUUCUUCAACAAGAAAAUGAUCAACUAAAACGACGAUUAGAACAGUCGAAUAUUCGGAUUCAAACAUUAAUUCGUGACAAAGAACGUUUGCUUGAAAUCAGCAAUCAUUUACGGUCACAAUUGAAUCAUCGCGAAGAUGAACCAGUAUUGAUCAAACGUCCACAGAUCGUUGACACAAUUCCAACAAAUCAACGCUCGAAUGUUUCAAAUUCUCCUAAAAGAGAUGUCGUCAACCUUGAAAACAAACUUCAACGACUCGAGCAACUUCAGUAUGCUUUAACAAAACAAGAGUUAGAAAAUCGCAAAAGAGCACAUCUACUAGCCAAUGAGCUGCAACAACAAAGACCUAUAAGUGCGCCUGAAAAAUCCGAAAAUCCAUUGAUGGAAAGCGAUAACACCGUAACGACGAUAGCUUCAGAAAACAUUCGCGAUCUAUGGAAAGUUCUCGACAACACACCUGGCAAAGGACCAUCGAUAGCGAAAUCAUCGACAAUAAACAUCAAUGCACAACGAAAAGCAUUGACAGCGCGUACGACGAGAACAUCGAAUCCUACACGGGGUGGAGCAAGAGGAGGCGUAACCACUCGUACAAAAGUUCGCAAUUGGAAUUCUCGCGAUGAUUGA